UUUUUUUUCUUUUUGUCAAGUGGAAACUGUUGCUGGGGUCUCCUCUCCCCACAUUUGCCACCCAGCAUACAGAUCUUUAAAUAGACAGCUAUUUUGAUGCAAAAGCAUAACACAGGCCUGUGAAGGCUUGAGGCACACAAGCCACAUUUAAUUUGAGGGUCAAAUGGCCUGACAACACUUGGGACACCCUGUGGUGAGUGAAUCUGAGGCACAGAAGCCUGAGACUAAAACCACCUCUGGUAUUCAUUCUGCUCCGUUUGACUCAGCAGUUGCAGGGGGCUUGCUUGGGAAUACUUCUCUUUCAGCUUUCAGCCACGUGUAAGAAGUUUUUUCUUCUUCUGUUUUUAACUCUUUGUAUACUUUUAAUGGACUAGUUUGGACAAGAUAGCACUGCUGUCACAUCAGAAGUCUGGCAUCAACUGCGAACGGAAAAAGCUAUGUCAUAUACAUCUAAACUUCCUGCGUCCUGGAAUGAUAAACCCCCCUCUCGGAAGGUGGAAAUUGACCUGAGCUCACCUGGUCUUGCAGUGUUUGAGUUGGAGAGACUCUUGUUUACUGGCAAAGCCAUCAUCAGCCAUGCAGAUGAAGUUUGGCCAAGGCUUUAUGUUGGUGACCAACACAGUGCAGAGAACACAGCUGAUCUGUCCAGGCACUGUAUCACACACAUCCUGAACGCAGCUCACAGUAAACGCAGAGGACAGCCAGACAUCUAUGAGGGUAUGAGCAUCACCUACAUGGGCAUAGAGGCUCACGACUCCUGUACCUUUGACAUGAGCGUCAACUUUCAUGCAGCGGCAGAUUUUAUCCACAGCGCUCUCCGCAGAGGAGGCAAAGUACUGGUGCACUGUCACGUAGGCGUGAGCCGUUCUGCCACCCUGGUCCUUGCUUACCUGAUGCUAAAGCAGAACCUGACCCUCGUGGAGGCUAUCUGUGCUGUGAAAGAGAACCGUGGUGUAAUCCCUAAUCGAGGAUUCCUCAGACAGCUAAUCAAACUAGAUGGCCAGCUGUUUGGCACACAUCACUGAACCCUGUCUGAUAGUAUUACUGGUCCAACAGCUCAGGUAUUGUCCAGAGAUGAGAUAUACUGAUUUCAUUAUCGUUUUCACUGUUAGGACUACUAGGAUUGUUUUUGAAAAGGGAGUAAACACCACCUGAUCCUUUCUUAGAUCAUGUUUAAUUCCAAUGAACUUUGAGGUAAAAAAUAUUUAUACACUGUCAAUUUGUACAUGUUUAAAUGGAUUGGAGUUUUACAUUAAAAAUAUAAAUCUGA